UGCGGCUGGGGCGGGAGAUGCUCAGGGAAUCCGGUGUCGGCUGAAGCGGCGGGAAGUUCGGUCUGCGAAGGAGCCUCCCGCGUCGCAGUUUCAGCAAAAAUGCCUCGUGUGAAAACCUCACAACCUGCAAAAAAAGGUCCAGCACGGAGAAAGCUAGCGGAACAGUUUUCAGUAGGGGAAGUUUUAAUUGACCUGACCAAAAAGGAAUGGAAAGUAGGACAACCUAUUGGCCAAGGUGGUUUUGGAUGUAUAUAUCUUGCUGAUACUAAUUCUUCAAAGUCGGUUGGCAGUGAUGCCCCUUGUGUUAUAAAAGUGGAACCAAGUGACAAUGGACCUCUUUUUACAGAAUUAAAGUUCUACCAGAGAGCAGCUAAACCAGAGCUAAUUCAAAAGUGGAUUCAUUCCCAUAAACUGAAGUACCUGGGUGUUCCUAAGUAUUGGGGUUCUGGACUUCAUGAUAAAAAUGGAAACAGUUAUAGGUUUAUGGUAAUGGAUCGCUUUGGGAGUGAUCUUCAGAAGUUGUAUGAAGCCAAUGCUAAAAGAUUUUCACGGAAAACUGUCUUGCAGCUAAGCUUAAGAGUACUGGAUAUUCUGGAAUAUAUCCAUGAGCAUGAAUAUGUACAUGGAGAUAUCAAAGCCUCUAAUCUUCUUCUGAACUACAAGAAUCCUGACCAGGUAUAUUUAGUAGAUUAUGGCCUGGCUUACCGAUAUUGUCCGGAAGGAGUUCAUAAAGAAUACAAAGAAGACCCUAAAAGGUGUCAUGAUGGAACCAUUGAGUUUACAAGUAUUGAUGCACAUAAGGGUGUGGCUCCAUCAAGACGGGGUGACUUGGAAAUACUAGGUUACUGCAUGAUCCAGUGGCUCAGUGGCCAUCUCCCUUGGGAGGACAAUUUGAAAGAUCCUAAUUAUGUCAGAGAUUCCAAAAUUAGCUACCGAGAAAAUAUUACAAGUUUGAUGGACCAGUGUUUUCCUGAGAAAAAUAAGCCAGGUGAAAUUGCUAAGUAUAUGGAGGAAGUGAAAUUAUUGGGCUACACAGAAAAACCUCAUUAUCAGAAUUUACGAGAAAUUCUUUUGCAAGGGCUAAAGGCUACAGGAAAUAAGGAUGAUGGUAAACUGGACUUGCGUAUCUUGGAAAAUGGAGAUGUGCCAACAAAAAUAGGACCAAAGAAGCGAAAGAAAGAGAUAGAGGAAAGUGUGGCAUCGGGUACUGAAGAUAUGGAAAUUUCAUAUCAAAAUAUAUUGGAGGGAGCUCAGACUCGUUCAAGAACCAGAAGGAGAGUCUUGAAGUAGAAUGAAUACAAUAACCCUAUACAUGGAAUUUGCUUCAUUUCUCCUUUUUUCAAUAAGGAUUCUUUUCUCCUUUGUGUUGUGUUUAAUUUUCAUGUGAAUCUUGUGAGGAAGGGUGGUGGAAAUAUUUUUAAAUCCUUGUGUCUUUGAAGAGUGUUUGAAGAUUUUUAUUAAAAUAAAUACUUCAUAUAUUU